AUGGGAGAUGCAGGAGGAAUCAUCCAGGAAGAUGUUAGUUUGGCUCUUUGGUGUGUUAUUCAGGUUAAAGAUUCUACUGUCGAAAGUCUCCCUCUUCAGUCUGUCCCCGUAGUGAAUAAAUUCCCAGAAGUCUUUCUGGAUGAUUUCCCAAGAAUACCACCUAAUAGGGAGAUAGAUUUUGGUAUUGAUUUAUUGACAGAUACACAUCCUAUUUCUAUUCUGCCAUAUAUGAUGGCUCCUACAAAGUUAAAAGAGUUGAAAGAACAGCUAGCAGAUAUUCUAUAUAAAGGUUUUAUCCACCCCAGUGUGUCUUCCUGGGGUGCACUUGUACUUUUCGUGCGAAAUAAAGAUGGUUACCUUCAAGUUAAAGAGACCCAGGUUGAAGAUCUCAUCUUGAUGCAGAUCAAGAAAGAUGUGGUUCAACAAAAG